AUGGAAUAUGUUUGGCGGUCGGUUGUCACCAUUACAUUAUUCGUUGAUAUCGAUUUAGUAUAUGCGGAACUAUCAAGUUCUAUCAAUUUUACAGCUAUUCUCAUCGAAACAGUCAAAAAAUUUCAACUUCGAGGGCACUUGUUUGCUUUACACAUUUCAUAUAUUGUGUUGGGUUUUUUAUCAAUUCUAUUUAUGUUUGGUCUAUCAAUAGUGCUACUUUCUGAACAUCAAUGGUGCAAAAAGAAAGAUGAGGAAGAUACAAAGACGAUGGAACUCGUACCGCAUGACAUUUUCGAAGUACAUUAUCCAAAUACAUAA